UGUACACUCUGAGCUGUGCAAGAAGUCCGAAGUCCAAAAGAGAUCAAUGGAAAAGAAAAGGAUGGAUUGGUCUGCAUUAAUGGCUUUUGGGAUGGUGAUUAUGGCAUUGGGUGCAAGCCUUUCAGAUGCCGAAAUCUCAUGCACUGAGGCCCUGAGAUCUUUGAUUCCCUGCACGCCGUUUUUGGUGGGUUUCGGCUCAUCGGCACCAAACGUCGUUUGCUGCAUAGGUGUUCAACAUGUGUUCGAACAGGCAAACACCACCGCAACUCAUAGAGAUCUCUGUCAAUGUUUUCAAAAUGCUGCAUCACAGAUUGGUGCUUUGCCUGAGAGGGUUAAAGAGCUUCCCCAGUUCUGCAAUAUACAUGUUACCCUGCCCCUUGACGCCAAUGUGAAUUGCAGCAGAAUUAAGUGAUGGAGUAUUGUAAGAAUGAACGUGUGGGGGAGAUCAACUAGGAGGAAUUGCAAUAACCAAAAAGUUUCAGAGAAAAUCUUGUGUUUAGAUCGAGCUUGUUUAAAGGAUCUCAUGUUCUUUUUCGCUUGAAGAUCACUAAUAAUGUUAUGGCAUGUUUAUGAAGAAUAAUAGACGGUACUAGUACUGUUAAUAA